UUGGAAGAGACUGUCGCAAAGGAACUGCAAACGUUGCAUAAUCUCAGAAGGAUGUUCGUGCAAGAUAUCGGCCAACGUAUCAAACGAACGCCAACUGGUACCGAGCCGAACGACGAUGAGUAUCUCUCGUCACCGGCACAAAAACAAAAAAUUAUUUUCUUAGAAAAUAAUCUCGAUCAGUUGACGAAAGUUCAUAAACAGUUGGUGAGAGAUAACGCAGAUUUACGAUGUGAAUUACCGAAAAUGGAGAAACGUCUGCGAGCAACAAUGGAUCGAGUGAAGAGUCUUGAGACAGCUCUGAAAGAAGCUAAAGAGAAUGCAAUGAAAGAUAGGAAACGGUAUCAAAAUGAAGUGCUGCGUAUCAAAGAGGCUGUACGACAACGAAAUUUGGCCAGAAGGGGUUUGGCCGCGCCUCAAAUCGCAAAGCCAAUAAGACCGGGUCAGCACUACCCAAUGUCAAUGCAGCCCUCAGUUGGUAUACCGACUAUUUCCGUGCCACCUCAAAUAGUCAGUCAACAACCGGUGAACGUUGCUUCUAUGAACUGUUAG